CGCAGGAGGGCUUAACUUCAUGUCGACACUUGUCUCGAGCAUUUCUCAAGCGCUUUCCUCCUGGCUGGCUUGAAUGGACGACAGUUUGCAAGUCUCCGCAGUUAGCCAGAUGCUGUUUACCCGCGGUGGAGAAACUAAUAGCUGAAAAGAGACUGUAAUCCAGUUUAGAACAAAUAAACUGCCAAAAUGAAGGACGAGAAUUAUUUGGAGAACAUGAACAAGAUUCUUCAGGAGGCUCCAGCUGCUAGGAAGGCUCUUCUCGACAAUUACGAGAAUCUCUUUAAAGUGGCCGAAUACUGCGAGAAUAAUUACAAUAUGGGGGUGGACACAAACCGAGCGGUGGAGGAGUCCAAGGCCUACGCCAACCAGGCUCUGGCCAGCGUCUCCUACCAGAUCAACCGCCUGGCCAGUAGCGUACUCCACUUACUGGACACACAGACCUCACAGCUCAGCAAAAUGGAGUCCUGUGUCUUUGUCAUCAAUCAGUCGGUUAACAUGCACAAGGAGAAGGUGGCCCGGCGGGAGAUCGGCCUUCUCACCGUGGAGGCCAGAGUACCCCGCGGCAAAGAAAUAGUCCCUCCCGAGUCCCCUGUUGUGGUGCCCGAGUACAAACGCACCCCGAUAUCCUACGCCAUCCUGGAUUACCUGGGUCACGGAUUAUGGCACCUGUCUGCUCCGCCUGGGAUGGUGGAAAACCACCAGAGAAACCACCAACCCACUGCGCCAGAGCAGCCCAGCACCACCCCUGUGAUUGACCCUGGUCACAGGCCUGCCUAUGGCAUUGCUGUAGCACCUCCAUCUGUGCCCACUUGGAGUCCCAAGGAUACCUCGUCUGCCCCUGGGUCCUCGUGCCCACCACCUCCUCCUCCUCCCAGCUCCUCUGGUGUUCCUCCUCCUCCUCCUCCUCUGAAUGAUAGCAUGGGUAGCAAUGUUCCUCCUCCACCACCUCCUCCACCCAGCUCCUCUGGUGUUCCACCUCCUCCUCCUCCUCCUCUUCUGAAUGGUAGCAUGGGUAGCAAUGUUCCUCCUCCACCACCUCCUCCACCCAGCUCCUCUGGUGUUCCACCUCCUCCUCCUCCUCCUCCUCCUCCUCUUCUGAAUGGUAGCAUGGGUAGCAAUGUUCUUCCUCCACCACCCAGCUCCUCUGGUGUUCCACCUCCUCCUCCUCCUCCUCCUCCUCCUCCUCUUCUGAAUGGUAGCAUGGGUAGCAAUGUUCCUCCUCCACCACCUCCUCCACCUGCAUUUGGGGGUUCAAGUGCCUCUGUACCCCCACCUCCUCCACCACCACCACCACUUGGUUCAACAGGUGUUCCUCCACCACCUCCUCCACCACCUGGUGCAACAGCUAAUUCUGUCCCCCCACCCCCACCCCCACCACCACCACCACUUGGUUCCACGGGUAAUAACCUCCCCCCACCUCCUCCACCUCCCCCUGGGAUGACUAGGACCGGCAUUCCUCCUCCACCUCCUCCUCCUCCUCCUCCACCAAUGUAGACUAGAAAGACUCAGAUCCACAAGAGCUGGAAGACACAGCUGAUCAAAUGAAAACAAAGUAUAACUAACUGCUGGUACGCCUGAUACAAGUUGCCACUGAUGAAACACUGGCCAAUGUUCCAACUACUAUUAAAGGUGCAGUCAGCGAUCGUACGAUCGUUUCGAGCCCAUUACAUUAUUGUCAUAUUCAGCAAUCAUCUCCUCGUGAUCAGCUAGCUGCCACAAAUACACUGUAAACCAAAAGCAAGGCCUCUGUAGGCGGCCAAGGCUCCGGAAAUUGGAAACAAAGUCGGGGCAGCCUGCACCCCCCCCCCUCCCCCCUUGUAUGGAGCUCUGAAGGGAGGGGUGAGUUACCUUUGGUGUGUUUCGUUUGGUCCUUGGUUAAAAUAUAACAUACAUUGUUUUGGACAAAGGUGUCUGUUAGUUUUAAAUAUCAACAUAACCAUAAACAAAUGUGACUUCCUGCACAAUCGCUGACUGCACCAUCAAGGGCAUUGCCAUUUUAACGUGCAUAGCAUUUGGUAAAACAUAAGCAGGUCACGCAUGAAGUGGCCUAACCUUGGGGCUACAUCAACUUCACAUGAACCAGGGACUUUCAUAAUCAUUUAAUUUCAUCAAAGAAAUAUGUCUUCUCUGGCAUAGUGGACAGAAACAUUUUUUAAAGGUUAUUGGGGCAUUUUAGAAUUAGAACUUAAAACCUCUUAUUUGAAACCUUCACCCUAACAGGAUGUGAGGUCACAUUACUGAUAAGCUUGUCGGUCAGCUACAUUUUAUCUGUUAUUAAUUUAUAACUAGUUUUGGGAUAUAUUAUUUUUUUAGAGUACUUUUUGUCAUAUGGGGUUAGCUGUGUACUAUAUAGGUAAUGAUAUGCUGGUCUAUUACAAUAGUUUGUACCGUAAGUAUGUUUCAUUUGUUUUUGGCUGUUUGUUUUCAUGAUUCUAUAACACGACUAAGUCCAAUUUUUUGCCUGGAUUUUUAACAACUAUUGCCAAACAUUGGUCAUAGUAGCUGCUUAAGUAUCAAAGUGUCAGCUCAUAGAAAUCAUAAUAUUAUAAUUUAAUAAUUGAUGUCAUGUAUAACUGAGAGAUGUGUAAUAUGUGGCAGAAUAAAGCAUAAUUAUGUUUUAACUGAAAGUGCCUUCUAAAAGCGAAUAAACUUGCAUGAUACUA